AGAAUCUUUCCUCUAAAUCCUAGCUCACUCUACAAGCCCUCCCAUCCCUCCGGAAAUCCGUAGACUACAAAUCCCAGGAGUUCUCGGGGACUUAGCUCCGAUUGCACGUGCGCACACAGCUGUCCGCCGCAAAAAGAGAAUCUGGCUGUGUUUACCUCGUUGGGUACCGAGUCGUCGGUUGGCGCGCAACGGGUUCUAGCCUGCUAGCAGAGCGAGGACCCGCGGCCCCACCCCGGCCCGGCCUGGCAGGUAGCAGAGGCAGCAGGCCGUGCCGGGGGGGCAUGUUGCUGUAACCAGUGACCCAGGGGAUGUUACGGUGGACAGUGCACCUGGAGGGCGGGCCCCGCAGGGUGAACCAUGCCGCAGUGGCUGUUGGGCACCGGGUCUACUCCUUCGGGGGUUACUGCUCUGGUGAAGACUAUGAGACACUGCGCCAGAUUGAUGUGCACAUUUUCAAUGCAGUGUCCUUGCGUUGGACAAAGCUGCCCCCGGUGAGACCUACCACCUGCGGCCAGGCUCCUGUGGUACCCUACAUGCGAUAUGGACACUCAACCGUCCUCAUAGAUGACACAGUCUUCCUUUGGGGCGGGCGAAAUGACACCGAAGGGGCCUGCAAUGUGCUCUAUGCCUUUGAUGUCAAUACUCACAAGUGGUCUACACCCCGAGUGUCAGGAGCAGUUCCUGGUGCCCGGGAUGGACAUUCAGCUUGCGUCCUGGGCAAGACCAUGUACAUAUUUGGGGGCUAUGAGCAGCUGGCGGACUGUUUUUCCAAUGACAUUCACAAGCUAGAUACGAAUACCAUGACCUGGACCCUUAUUGGUACAAAGGGCAACCCUGCACGCUGGAGGGACUUCCAUUCAGCCACCAUGUUGGGCAGUCACAUGUAUGUCUUUGGGGGCCGAGCUGACCGCUUUGGGCCAUUCCAUUCUAACAAUGAGAUUUACUGCAACCGCAUUCGCGUCUUUGACACCAGGACAGAGGCCUGGCUAGACUGUCCAUCCACUCCAGUGCUACCUGAAGGGCGCCGAAGCCAUUCAGCCUUUGGUUACAAUGGGGAGCUAUACAUCUUUGGUGGCUAUAAUGCAAGACUGAACCGGCAUUUCCAUGACCUCUGGAAAUUUAACCCCGUGUCCUUCACCUGGAAGAAGAUUGAACCCAAGGGGAAGGGACCCUGCCCCCGCCGGCGCCAGUGUUGCUGUAUUGUUGGUGACAAGAUUGUCCUCUUUGGGGGUACCAGUCCAUCUCCUGAGGAAGGUCUGGGAGAUGAAUUUGACCUCAUAGAUCAUUCUGACUUACACAUUUUGGACUUUAGCCCUAGUCUGAAGACCCUGUGCAAACUGGCCGUGAUUCAGUAUAACUUGGACCAGUCCUGUUUGCCCCAUGACAUCAGGUGGGAGCUGAAUGCCAUGACCACCAACAGCAAUAUCAGUCGCCCCAUCAUCUCCUCCCACGGCUAGGAGGAAGUGUGUCUGCCAUCUCCCCUCCUGAGCCUGCUGUUGUAUUCACUGCCCCUGCCCCAUCUCUCACCUGCCUGCCCCUUUGGACCCAACACUCCAUAUACCUCCACAUGGAGUUGUACUAGAGGUGUUUUCUUUGCUGUGAACUCAGUGGGAAGUUGUGGGGGCAGAGGCCUAGGUCUCUCCCCCUUUGGGGCCAAAGGCCCCUUCCCUUGGUGCUCUGACCCAUCCUCUCCUCUCCAACUGCUCCUGGCCCUCCAUUCUGCCCCAGGCCAGCCAGAUCCUGCUGAGAAGGGAAGGAAAGGGAAUGGGGAGAAGGGAGAAGCUGGCAGCAUCCCAUCUGAGCCUUAGGAGCAUUCCCACACUCCUGUUUCCACCCCCUCUCCUGCUUGAGCCCUGAGCAUUGACUGGGAGCUGAGUGGAGUUGCAGCUGUUGGCUUGAAACCUCCUCCUUCCCCACUUGGGGAGGCAGGGACCAGCAGAUAAUCCCAUCCCUGCCUGAGCUGUUGCUGUAUGUACUCUGAAGCUCAGCCAGCUCAGAUUUUAUAAAAAUUAAUUUAAAACCUCAAAACGUG